AAUCCAGCAGAUCCUCUAACAAACAGAGACGGAUCUGGGCUGAGGACUGCAGAGUGCUGCGUUGUUUUGGUCUGGGGCCGAGCCGUUCUGUCAGCAGGCCGUCACUGUACCGCCUGUGUGACUGAGCGCUUUGCUUUGCGCACCCUAAAAAUAUCCCUCGCCAAGUGCGCGGAUCAAAGGGGGGAGCAACACCGCCAUGGAUCCCGCCCCAGCAUUUAACCUAAAGCCUUUCAGAGGAGGAGCAUGCACUAAGAGCAAAGGGCCCGCGGCAUCCAGAGCUGCGCAGAGGAGAGAGAGAGAGGCUGACUCGGGUUUCAGAGACGCGCACUGACUGCUGACCUGCGCCAGAGAGGGAGCGCUCAGAGAAGAAGCAGCGAGUGAGGACAAACGGAGCUGAACACCAAGGACUAAUAAGAGCCGGUCCCUGUGAAUCAGAAACAUCACUGACUGAAUGAUGACAAUCCACAUAAUGUCUCAUAUUCUAACGUUGAUAUAGGUGCUCAUCUGAGUGCAUCAAGACAGUUUGGUCAAGAAAGGGACAUCUGGUAAACUUUUCUCUAAAGUUGGACAGCCGCGCAUAAGCUCCAAACUUCCAGGUCGUAAGGAUUCCUCAUCUGUCUGAAGAAGCUGGAGAAUAAAGGGAUUUUCGUGCGGACAUAGUCAAACCUAGAUGAUUAGAAUGGAGGAGGAUCAGAAGUGGGGACUUGCUGGCAAAGCGGGGGAAGACAGGACGACGCACGGCACGAAGCAGCAGAAACCAUCCAAACAGCCGCAGUGGAGGAAUUGGAGAGAUUUUUGCGGCGUAACGGUUUGCAUCGCAUUAUCUGUUCUGUGCCUUGGAGUUUGCAUUGUGGUUUUUGUGCGCACCUCGGAGUUGCAGUCCAGGAUAGUAAGUCUGGAGCAGCAGCAGAUCUCGGCGUGGAUGUUGUCUGUGGAGCAGGUGGAGCCCGUUAUCAUGGGACGACUGGACCAGAUCCUGGAGGAGAAGCUUGCAGCACGUCUACCAAAGACACGGGAGGUGAGGGAAGCUCCACACAGCUGCAUGUGUCCACCAGGACCUCCAGGUCCUCCUGGACGAUCAGGCUUUCCGGGUGACAAAGGCAGUAUGGGAAUUCCUGGGAGAAUGGGCUUAAAAGGACAAGCAGGGGAGAAGGGAGCGCCAGGCGAGCCAGGUCUGUCUAUCAUUGGACCAAGAGGACCUCCUGGGCAACCUGGAACAAGAGGCUUUCCAGGCUUUCCAGGUCCAAUCGGGUUGGAUGGCAAGCCUGGACAGAAUGGACAGAAGGGAGACAUGGGUCAGCGUGGUAAUAAAGGGCUCCCAGGGGAUCCUGGGCCCAAAGGAGAGAAGGGUGUUUGUGGAGAUUACACUCACCGGAAGCGGCGUAUUGUACAGCCCUGUGUUGGACAGUUGGCCACACAGGGCGACCCUGGAGCGCAGGGACCCCCAGGACCUCCAGGGCCCCCCGGACCCCCAGGCCUUAACGGAGGCAGCGGCCCACCGGGUAAACCUGGUGAGCCUGGCAAACCAGGAAAAGACCCAAGGCUUUUACUGGGACUGAAGGGUGAGCCAGGUGUGCCUGGACUAAAGGGUGAUCGAGGUGAUGUCGGCACAUCAGGUCCUGAAGGCCCAAAGGGAACCAUGGGUGAGCAAGGAAUAAAGGGUGACAAGGGAGAGCCAAGCCUUACAGCCCAGGGAAUAAAAGGAGAACCAGGCUCACCAGGACUGCCAGGCCUCAUGGGACACAAGGGGGACAAAGGCGGCCAGGGAGACAAGGGGGAAGUAGGCCCUGAAGGUGCAGCUGGACCAAGAGGUCCUCCAGGCCCAACUGGGGAACCAGGGAAGGCUGAAAUCCAAAAUAAUGAAAAUGAUAUCCGGAACAUACCCAUGAUGGGCCCCCCUGGAUUACCGGGAUCUCCUGGUAUCCCUGGUACCAAGGGUGAAGUUGGACUACCAGGGCCCCCUGGACUGGAUGGAGAUAAGGGACCCAGGGGGAAGCCUGGAGAGCAGGGCCCCGCAGGCCCAGCCGGUCCUGAAGGUCCCAGAGGGGAGGGUGGUGUCAUGGGCUUUCCUGGACCCAAGGGAGACAAAGGAGACAUGGGUCAAUCUGGAUCACCUGGUUUAGAUGGCCCUACUGGUGAAAAGGGGGCUAACGGGGCCCCUGGCCCUAUUGGAUUACCGGGUGCAAUGGGUCUUAAAGGUGCACCUGGAGAAGGAGGAAGGUCAGAAAUGAUCUAUGGUCCUCCAGGGCCUCAGGGACCUCCAGGACCAGUUGGCCCAGCAGGAUCUCAAGGACCUUCAGGGCCAAAGGGGGAACCAGGCAUAGGUAUCAGAGGAGAAAAGGGAGCGACAGGUCUGAAGGGCGACAAAGGAGAUCGAGGCCAUCUUGGACUUCCUGGUCUAAUAGGACCAGCAGGUGUUGCAGGGCCAGCAGGACCAAAGGGAGAGAGAGCUGAAAAGGGAGAUGCAGGACUACCAGGACCAACUGGGCCUCAAGGCAUCCCAGGUUUAGUAGGACCACAAGGAUUCAAAGGGAAUCGGGGAGAGAGGGGCAAGAAAGGAAACAGGGGGGCCAAAGGGGAUAAGGGAGACCAAGGAGCACCUGGAUUAGAUGCCCCCUGUCCGUUGGGAGACGACGGCUUACCUGUACCAGGAUGUUGGAAUAAAUGACGAUAACUAUGGAAUGGCUUGUGUGAUUGUACAUAGGAUAUUUAUUUUUUUACUUUACUGGUUAUAUGUGGAAAAAUAAAAUGAAAAACUCUCAAAAAGAAAUGGCAAAAUGUUUGUACAGAUUGUUUAUUUUAAUACAUAUGAUAGUGUUUAUGUAUUGGAUUGUUAUAUCUAUGCAUUGUCUUAAUAUGAUCGAUAAGUCAAAGUUAUAAUGUGGCUACAUAUGCAUGAUAUUUGUGCAUAAUGUGAACUGGAUGAUGCUUAUUAACUUAUUGUAUUAUGUUGUUGUGUUCUCUUGUAAUAGACCAUGCUGCACUGAGUUGUGGGGCUGGAAAGAUGAUGUGUUAACAUUUGAAAUGUCUUAGUUGAACUCUUCUCUUUGAGAUACAGUGUUGAAGAUAAACAUUGGCAAGCACUGCACUACGCUAAUUUCAAUUAUACUAAUUAUACAGUGACAGAAAGCUAUUUAGAGUAACCAUUUUUGUUUUUCAGGCCAUGUGGUCAUAUAGUACUGACAAACCGUUAGCCUUAAAGAUCAGACAAAUGGCGGAGAAGAUUAUGAGAUUUUUAUUUUUCAUAUAACAUCAGAAAUGAUGUUCUGAUCAGUAUUAAUCUAAAUUGGAAAACAUACCCAAACUGCUAUGGAAAUCAGAUUAAAUACACUUUGCAUGAUAUGUUAUGCCCCCAAGAGGAGGAACUCUCAGGGGAUGAGCAAUGAUCAGGAAAACAAGAUCUUUAUUGUUUCAUCUAACGUGUCGUGCGGCUCAAGCUAAUUGAAGUAGGGUUGAUAGGAAUGGCUAUUCAAGAUUCAGGUCUCUUUCAUUUUAAACCCAACACUUGUCCUGGAGGAGGGCGUCAGCCAAGAUCUCUUAAUCAUUUGAAGCUUUAAAGUUUCUGAACGACAGAUCCUGAAAACCAAAUGUUUAGUUGUACGGCAGGAAAGCAACGGCACUAUGUUUUAGCUUCUUGUAUGUUGUAGCUUCUGGUUUCAGUUCAUUGUAAAUAGUGUUGCCACAUUUUGCUGACAGCUACUUCUUGCUUCAUGGCUGUCAGGCUCUGUGUAUUAACUGUAGUGUUUAAGAUUGUUUGUUUGUCUGUCCUCUAUUCUUUGGCACAGUAUACUGCCCAUGUUGUUGUAUGGAAAUAUUGCUGCUCCCCCUUAAGGCAUGCUGCUGCAAUCCUCACAUUAUCUCAUCCAUUAAUGAAGACAAAUGUUACCUGCUUGGAGAGUGGAGACCUUUUUAUAAUCAAGAACUAUAGAACAUUUUAUCCAAAAGCAUUUUUCUGUGGAGCUCAUUAAGCUAACCUCAUUAACUCUACCGAGUGCCUCAGUGUUGAAGAAAUGGACCGACUGGUUGGAGUGGAGCUUGGUCCAUUACCUGCUGCUGCUCUUUGACUAAGCUUUGUUUGUGUUAUGCUCUGCCUGGAUUUGAUGUUGCCAUGAGAGAUUGUUGUUGGAUUAAUUUCAGCAAUAAAAUAUCCUUUGUGUCCUGUUGCUGCACAGUACCUCACAUUAACUCAUUACUUAGACACUAGCAGGCCUUCGUUUUGCUGUCAUACUGAUCAUAAAUACUUGUGUGCAAAUAUGUUCUGAAAUGUUCUAAUUGUUGAUUGUGUUCAAAGUGACAAUCAUUAUUAAAUAAACAUCUCUGACUGGG